AUGGCGGAUUGGCUCACGCAACUGCAAGACGCGGUGAACGUGCUUGCAGACCAGUUUUGUAAUGCCACUGGAGUGCUGAAGCAAUGUGGUCGCCCUGCCUGUUUUAAUAAUAUUCAGACAGCGAUUAACAAAGACCAACGAGCCAACCCUACAGAAGAAUAUGCCCAGCUUUUUGCAGCACUGAUUGCACAAACAGCAAAAGACAUUGAUGUUUUCAUAGAUUCCUUACCAAGUGAAGAAUCUACAGCUGCUUUGCAGGCUGCUAGCUUAUAUAAGCUAGAAGAAGAAAACCAUGAAGCUGCCACUUGUCUGGAGGAUGUUGUUUAUGGAGGGGACAUGCUUCUGGAAAAGAUUCAAAGUGCUCUUGCUGAUAUUGAACAGUCACAGCUGAAGACAAGAAGUGGUACCCAUAGCCAAUGUCUUCCAGAUUCAUAGUACCAUUGAAUACCAUGUGACUAAGAAAGAACUGUUUCAAUGCCAUUAAGAUUCUGCACCAGAUUUAGAUGGAAGCUUUACCGACUGUUACAGAAACAUUA